CCAACACACAAUUCCGGUUACGGUAAUUAGUGUGUCGGAAUUCCGCCGGGGCCGGGCCCUUGCAGCUGUAAUGCGGCCCAGCUAAAACAAUCGGAUCUGGAUAAUGGUAGCUGUGCUCAUAUAAGGCUAACCUCGCGUGUUUCGCUGUGUUUUAUUGCAACUUCCUCACCGCCGAACAACCAUUUAAUGAAUAUUAAGAACCAGUUCUUUUAAUGAAGUACACACCCGUGUCUUCAACACCACUACCUCGGCUGCCAUAGCACACACGUCACACAUCCAUGAUAGCCGCAGCAACCAUGGCGCCAGCCCACCUCCUCGACUUGCCGCGGGAGCUCCUCGACCAGAUCUUCUCAGAGCUAUGCAUGCACUGCCUGGGGAUGUCGAGCGUCGGACGGAGGACAUGUCCCAAGUUCCAACAGGCGAUGGCGCCGCGGCGGCGGGCGCUGAGCGCGCUCAGCCGGACGUGCCGCGCGCUGCACCACCUCGCCACGCCCUUCCUCUUCCACCGGCUGUGGGCGCCGCACGACCGCGACGCCUUCCGCUUCCUGUGCGCCCUGCUCCGCCGCCCCGAGCAUGGUAGCCACGUGCGCGUCCUCGAUAUCUGCCGCGGCGGCGCUGACAGCAGCAUCACUAGACUGGAUUCCCUUGCCUCGGACAUGGCCGGCACUGACACCCACACGGACGCUGUGCUAUUCCAGCGGGCUUUAGCACGGCACGGCAUAGUUCCAGCCGCCAGGAAGAAGCAGCUCUCGCCGGCGCGCCGCACAACGACGCCGCUCGGGUUCGCGUUCAACGAGUUCGCGCCCGAGAACUACUGCCCGCUGCUGGAGACGCUGUUCUUACUGGCACUGGCGCUAUGUCCGCUCGCGGCCGAGGCGCACCUGAUGCUGUUCUGGAACCUGAUGCGCUUCGAGUUUCUGAACAGCCACAACAACAAGACGCUUGGCGGCGGUGUUGUUGGCUUCCCGAGCCUGCGCCGCCUGGUCGUCACGUACCACUCGCCGACCUAUGGGUGGUUCCUCAGCGACAUUGCGCCGCUGGUGGCGGCCGCACCGAACCUCGAGGCGCUCGUGUGCGAGCAGUGCAUGGGAGUGGCGCGCGACGACGACGACGACAAGGACGACGGCAGGGACGACAAGGACGAGGGCGCGGGCGAGGGCGGGGAGACAGGUGUAAGCGGCGGCAGCGCGGGGGCGCUGCUGCAGUGGCCCCGGCUGCGAGAAAUGCAAUUCAAGAACGCGCGGCUGUCGCGCGGCGACCUGGCGGCGGUCCUUGCGGCGCUGCGGCCGACGCGGUUGGCCAGCUUCGCUGUGGUGAGCGAGCGGCGUGCUGCCAAGGGCCAGGACGGGUUGUUUGAGAACGUGGGCAGCAUGGCGGCGGCCAAGGCGCGCGGCGCCGCGUAUCCGCACCUGAAGGCCGUGGCUGUGUCGCGGGGGAGCUUGGAUGAUGGUCAAGCAGACCUGCUGAGGGACAUGUUUGCGGACUGCGGUGUCCGGUUUGAAGCGCCGGAGUAGACUGGGAGGGUGAUGAUUCUUGGUUGGGUGGUCUUGGAGUUUUUGGUCAGUACUUGCAGAGAGAUCGUGGCCAUGGCGAACUUGGAAGGAAGAAGAAAGAACCUGAGGAUGUUGGGCGCCGCCGAAUAUCAAAGAUUGAUUAACUGGCUUUCGUCGAGAGCCUAAUAUUUUCUGAAAACUCAAUGGCUUAAAAUCGUCGUCUUGGC